UUUCAGGCUCUCUCGAAUCCACAUUCAGUUCACACUGAUAUAGGGAUUACACAUGCUUGCUAGUUUCAGCAGCUCAGCCUCAUGUGAAAGUGAACCCCUUUUAUAGAUUCGUACCCCAAAACCCUUUGUAGAUUGUACCAACCUAAAACUGGUACUGAUAUAGUAUUUCGCAACAGCCAUAAAAGCCAUUUUCUGGAUUAGACAAAAAGAUGAUAGGAAAUUCUUUGGCCCAAGUCUCAACAUGCCCCACAAUGUUGUCUUUGUCACGGUUUUCUUCAAAUGGCUUGCCUUAUCUCCCUCCAAGGUCAACAAAAUUAACCCAGAUAAGGGCUACAUCUGCUAAUACUGGACACAGUCAACCACAAUCCUCUUCUAAGAGAGAAAGGAAUAUUCUUGCAGUUGUUUUGGAUGCUCCUCGUACUAUUUGGAGGCAAACAUUACGACCAUUGAGUGAUUUUGGGUUUGGUCGUAGAAGCAUAUGGGAAGGUGGGGUAGGGCUGUUUCUAGUCUCAGGGGCAGUUCUCCUUGCACUCACUUUGGCUUGGUUGAGGGGUUAUCAAUUGCGGUCUAGAUUCAGGAAGUACUUAGCUGUUUUUGAGUUUACUCAAGCUUGUGGAAUAUCCACUGGAACGCCAGUGCGGAUCAGAGGGGUCACUGUUGGAAAUGUUAUCCGUGUUAACUCUUCCUUGAAAAGUAUCGAAGCUGUUGUUGAGGUUGAAGAUGAUAAAACUAUGAUACCUCGAAAUUCACUGAUUGAGGUAAAUCAGUCAGGUCUUCUCAUGGAAACGAGAAUUGACAUUACACCUAGAGAUCCAAUUCCUAAUAUUUCAGUUGGGCCCCUUCAUCCUGAAUGUGACAAAGAAGGUGUAAUUGUAUGUGAUAGGCAAAAGAUGAAGGGAUUUCAAGGGGUAAGUUUAGAUGAAUUGGUAGGCAUAUUCACCCGUCUGGGACGUGAAGUGGAGGAGAUUGGUAUUGCGAACACCUAUUCACUUGCUGAGCGCGUUGCUUCUGUUAUAGAAGAGGCAAAGCCACUGCUGAAAAAGAUCCAAGCCAUGGCUGAAGAUGUUCAACCUUUGUUGGCUGAGGUUCAUGAUAGUGGUCUGCUAAAGGAAGUUGAGACUUUGACCAAAAGCCUUACACAAGCCUCGGAAGAUUUGAGGAGAGUGCACUCAUCUAUUAUGACUCCUGAGAAUACAGAACUGAUUCAGAAGUCCAUAUACACUUUGAUUUUCACCAUGAAGAACAUUGAGAAUAUAAGCUCUGAUAUUUUGGGAUUCACGGGUGAUGAGGCUACAAGAAAAAAUUUGAAGUUACUCAUCAAGUCUCUCAGCAGGCUAUUAUGAAGAUUGAAGGUGGACUUGAGAUAGCUGCUUACCUUAGUUGAGAUGGCCAAAUAUGGUCUAGUUGAGAUGGCCAAAUAUGGUCUCUAGCAUACAUUUAUAACUCUGUAGAGGGGAUAAAAUGAAGUGUGGCUCCUCAUGGCCCUUUCUUUUUACUUGUGAUCUUUUGUUUUGUUUUGUUUUGUUUUUGUUUUUCUUUUUCAAAUGCACAUAAAGGCUUCUACCGCAGAGCUACAUUUCCAUUCUGUAGAAAAUUUUGUCAAAAUCUACAUCAAAUUUGAACUUUGAUUCUA